AUGCUAGGAUUCGCCAGAGUGGGAUUAUCCCCUGUUAGAAGUCCUAUACUUCAGUCUAUUAGGACCUUUAUUCCAUACAGAAAGGGUGCUAUUCCAACUGUCUAUGCUCCACUUCCAGCUAAAAGAAAUGGGGAAUUACCAAUCCCAUAUUUACACAAGAAGAUGUAUGAAACUCUUGAUCCCUCUGGCCAAAGAAGAGAGCUUAUCAACAAGGCCAACCCAGAAUGCUUGCGUGCAGGCGAUGUCAUAAAAGUAACAUAUGUAGACAGAACCUCAGUUUUAGGUCAGAUCAUUGCCAUCAGAAGAAGUAACACUGACAGUAAUAUUUUGAUAAGAAAUAAGAUCACUAGGUUGGGAUGUGAAGUGAGAAUACCAAUCUUCAACCCUAGAAUAAAAAAUAUCGAAGUGGUUCAAAGACCUAAAAGAUAUUUGGCAAGAUCCAAGCAUUACUAUAUCAGGAACACCAGACUUGAUGUUGGUGAUUUAGAAGCAACCCUUAGGAAGAAGUAA